CAUUUUAGUAGUACCUGUCAUAGGCUUAUGAAAACAUGGCGGGAGAGGCAGUGGAAGUAUCCCUUAACCUAAAAGAGGCUCUUAUUGAGAGUUUAAAUGCAGUUUUAUCCCCUGAUGAAUCAAUUAGAAAAGCAGCCGAACAGCGUAUUGAAGCUAUUGAAGUUACUGAUGAAUUUGGCAUCUACUUAACCGAAUUUGCCAUGGACCAAAGCUUUCCGCUUCAAAUUCGCCAACUUGCCUCUGUGCUUUUAAAACGGUAUGUUGAGGCUCAUUGGUCAGCCAAUAAUGAAAAAUUUAAGAAACCAGAAACACCGGCCCAAACUAAGAAAAUGAUCCGAGAUAAUCUUCCACGUGGUCUGAGUGAGCCUGUAAGUAAAGUUCGUAGUAGUAUUGCUUAUGCUAUUAGUAGCAUCGCGAGGACGGAUUGGCCUGAGGAUUGGCCCGAAUUAUUCGAUAUACUUAUGCAAGCCGUGAGGAGUAACGAUAUCAAUGCAGUUCAUGGUGCUAUGAAAGUCAUGGCAGAGUUUUGUGCUGAAAUUACAGACAUUCAAAUGCCAACAGUCGCACCUAAACUCUUCCCAGAACUCUACAGAAUAUUUACUAGCGUUGAACUAUACAGUGUUGGAACACGUUCAAGAGCUGUGGCCAUUUUUCGUACCUGCAGUGAUUUAAUUGGAGCUAUGGCUCAAGUAGAUAAAGAUGCAGCAAAAAAUCUUCUUUAUCCCUUCUUACCUAAAUUCCUUGAAGCUUUCAUUCAUUCUCUUGAGUUACCAACUGAUGGAGUUAUUAGCGAUUACGGUUUGAAAACUCAAGUGGUAGAAACUUUUAUUUCUUUUGUAAAUCAAUUCACUCGAAAAAUCCUUCCCAGUUUAAACGAAAUUCUGGUAAGAUUAUGGAAAACCCUGACAGAAACCAGCACUUAUUAUGUUCAGAAUAUAGUAAAUGAUGGAUGCGAAGAGCAAACGACAGACUCUGAUGGCCAAGAUGUUGGUGUCGGAAGCCUGUUAAAGUCGAUAUUCGAGUUUAUCGAAUUGGUUAUUGAUCACUCAAAACUAAAGAAUAACAUAAGAAAUACCCUAACUGAUUUGAUGUAUUAUUUAGAAACUUAUAUGAUGAUAACUGUCGAUGAAGUUGACAAAUGGAACAAAAGCCCAGAUCAAUUUCUUGAGGAUGAGGAUGACGAUACCUUUUCAUUUUCAGUUAGAAUUUCAGCUAAGGCUUUAUUGUUAAAACUUUGCGAAGAAUUUCCUAACGAGUGUACAAAUUCAGUAAACGAAUCUGUUUUAAAACAUAUUGGAGAAUCUACAGCCCUGAGAGAGAAUGGAGAUGAAAUAUGGUGGAAGAAACACGAGGCUGUCAUGCUUACUGUUGGAUUAGUUCAUGAAUGUGUUAAAGUUGAGCAUUUGUAUCUAGAACGUUUUAUGAAUGAGGUUGUCUUAAAUGACUUAGGCUUGAAUGUAUCACCUUAUCUACUUGGAAGAUGCCUGUGGGUUUCCUCCCGCUACUCAAAAUUCAUACCAGACCAUUUACUGUCUAAACUCCUUGAAGCAACUGUAACAGCUCUUGCUCAGGAGCAAGUUAGUAUUGUUCGUGUAAUGGCAGCAAGAGCAGUGUACUACUUUGCCCUCGAUGAGAGAUGGAAAGAAAAACGUUUAGAAGUAAUGAAACCAUAUUUACUACCUUUAAUUGAAGGUCUGCGAAGUGUAGCCUUAACGAUUUCUUCAAACGAAACACUUGCACUUGUGUUAGAUGUCUUUGGGGUUGUUUUGGACUUAGAUAAAGACCUUACCGCUACCACAGAGGAAAAGGUUACGCCUUUUGUUUUGGCUGUUCUUUUGAAAUAUGCUAAAGAUUUCAUGAUUGUCUCACUUUGCCAAGAUACUUUAAGAGUUCUUUUAGCAAAUGAAAAAUGUUCCGCAAAAGUUGAAGCUCGCCUGUUGCCUACUCUUACAUCUAUCAUGGAAGCGAAUGCAUCUGAUGAUGGAAAUUCCUCAAUUUCAACUGGGCUUCAGGCUGUUGCAAUAGAUAUUUUAAAUGAUCUUGUUAGGAAUAUUACUAAGCCCUUAAGUGAAAUGGCUAUGAACCGAGCCUUUCCAGGAUGUAUUAAAUGUGCAAUGUCAACUGAUGACAAUGCUACUCUGCAGAACGUUGGCGAGUGUUUAAGGGCCUACUUAUCCGAGGCGUAUGAUCAAGUCAUUUGUUGGCAAGAUGGAGAAGGAAGAAAUGGAAUAUAUUACAUUGUUCAAGUAAUUACAAAGUUAUUGGAUCCCAAAAACGGUGAAUCGAGUGCAAGUUUCGUUGGAAAACUUUUAUCAUUAUUAAUAACAAAGAGUGGAGGAGAACUCGGUGAACACUUGGAUAUGAUGCUCAGAGCUGUUCUGUUAAAAUUACAACAAGCAGAAACGCUUACAGUAGUACAGAGUUUAGUUUUAGUAUUUGCUGUGCUAAUGCAUAAGCAUUUAAAUGCUAUUUUGGAGUUUCUGUCUUCUGUACCUGGGCCAAUGGGUGAAUCAGCUUUAGAGUUUGUUUUAAACGAAUGGUGCGCAAAACAACAUUAUUUUGUAGGUGCUUACGAAAGAAAAGUAAGCAUUCUUGCCUUGUGCAGCCUACUAGAGCAUGCAAUCACAACCGAUGAUAAACGACUGCAACGACUUAGUGUUAAAGGAGAUAGAAUUGAUUCAGGCGAAGGAAUAAGAACUAGAUCAAGAAGUUCUAACGAGCAAUGGACACAGAUUCCAGUUCUAGUCAAAAUUUAUAAAUUACUAAUAAACGAGCUAUCCAAUAUUUUAGAAACCAAAGACGCAAAUAAUGAUGAUGACUGGGAUGAUGAAGAUGAGGAGGAUUUAGAUUCAUCAAAGGCUUCCAAAGAUUUUGAGGAUGAUAUUCUGGCUUACGCUGAGAAAUAUAAUAGAGAUCUUGCUGAUGCUGAUGAGGAUGAUCCUGAUGCUAAAAAUGAUCCCUUAUAUUCGGUGGAUCUCCAGGAAUAUUUGACAAGAUAUUUACAAACUUUAUCAGCUAACUCGUGUUAUCCUGUAUUUGCUGAACAUCACACUCAACUUGAAGUCAACGUAUUAAAAGAAAUUGGUAUUCAGGUGUAGAUUUAAAAAAAAAUUCUUUUAGAAUUGGACAGGUUUCGUGCAGUUAGCCAUUCUUUUCUUGUACUGAACACUGAGACCGGUUUUCCAAAAGUUUAACACUUCCAUGUCGUGUGUUGUUGCUUUAACAACGGUUAAUAGUCUGGAAAAAUUUUAACCAAAAUAAGUAUCAUACAUGAACAGUUUCUUAUUUAAAUACACUUACUUUUUAUGGACUUCAUCUGUUCC